UUCCGCCCCUUCCCCACCUCGGGGGGCUUCACCCAGACCUACCCCUCCUUCUUCGGGGGGCUCGACCCUUACCUCUCCCCCCUGCCCCCUCCCCAGGUGGGCGGGCUCAGCCCCCUGGGACCCCCGCCCUGCCUGGCCGCCUCCCCGGCGGGCUUCGGCGCGACCCCCGCGGCUUUCGGGGGGACCCCCGGGCUGGGCUUCGGGGAGUGCCUGGAGCUGAAGGAGCCGGGGGGCGCCUGGAAGGUGAAUUUGGGGCCGGGGGAGUGCCUGGAGCUCAAGGAGCAGAGCGGCUGGAGGUUCCAGGUCCUCUAGGGCGGGGGGCGCCGCGCGGGGGCGAGGGCCCCUAAUUAAC